CUGGGCCCGGACCCUAGUGCCUCUCCGUGCGUCAGCACGCGAGCAAGCCACUUCCCCUGCCUUAUCCCCUCUUCCCUCCUCGCCCUCUCCUCCACCGACAUUUCCGUAGUGCAAUAGUCAAGGCUGCACUUUUCGAGGAAGUGUUUCGUGAGUUUCGUCGCAGUCCCAAUGAAACGGUGCUCGCAGUACUUGCACUUCCACCGCUUCGAUCCCUUGAAUGCAUAUUUCCCCGCAACGCCCUCCACGAUGAAGUGCAGCUUCAUCUGGUCUGUGAGAUGCUUAGCUGACAUCUUGCCCUGCAUGACGCCGGCAAAACACACAGCAAGUACGGAUCUCAGCCCUCUUAGACACCCUACCUCCGCAUACACAGAAUGGGAGGAAGAUGAAGAGGAGGAGGAGAAGGAAGAGGAGGAGGAGGAGGAAGAAGAUGAGGAGGAGGAGGAGGAGGAGGAGGAGGAGGAGGAAGAAGAUGAGGAGGAGGAGGAGGAAGAAGAUGAGGAGGAGGAGGAAGAAGAUGAGGAGGAGGAGGAGGAGGAGGAGAAGAAUCCCGUUCCGCAAGAUGUGGACAAACAUAUCCAAUCCUAUAUUGUAAAGCUAGAUGAGCACAUUACUAACACCUUCACACCGGAAGUAAUUGAGAAAAUAAUGAAAGGAGCCGAAGGUGGAGAAGGGGGCGGCGACGAUGAUGGAGACGAUGGGGAUAAGAAGCAGAAAGGAGUGCAACGUGAAGAAGGUGAUACAUGGAAGGUAAACAAGAUUAAGUUAAAGUUGCCAUGGACUUAUAAUGGUAAGAAAGAAGAAAAUGUUUUGCACUGGAUUGCGGCAAUCGAAUCUUACUGUUAUGGACAGCGAGUUCCGUUUUGGGAUAGAGUGCUUAUGGCAAGUUCGUGUAUGGCGGGAGAUGCGAUGAGUUUUGCGAUUUCCUUGCAAAAGGAAGCGGGAUAUAUGGACAGACCACAAGGGGGCGAAACAAGUGGCCCCUUUGGUGGAGGAUCACAGAGGAUGAUGCCGGGAAAAAGUGCCGACGGACUGAAGGGGCAAGGCAUUGGAAGUAAGAAUUACUUAAGAGGUCCGUGGUUCGGGUCAGACGACAGGAGAUGGGGAAGGGAAGCACGGGGUGGAUCGGCGUCUGGGACCUGGGUUAGAGAGGGUGGUGGAGCUGGAGGCCGAGGAGGAAAAGAUGAUCGCGGAGGGUAUGGAACCUUGCACAAUGAGGAGAAGGGCAGCAUGAAGGAGGACAAGGUGGUAAAAGAGGAGAAACAAGGCGGUGGCUGGGGUAGCGGACGAGGUUGGGGCCUGGAGGAGAAGACUUGGGGAGCUGAGGAUAGAGGUUGGGGGAAAGAGAGCAGGGGAUGGGGGAGGAAGGAUGAGAGGGGAGUUAAAGGAUGGGGAACAGAGGAUAAGGUAUCACCGGUUCCUGGAAUUGUAAAAGAAGAGAAAGUACAAGGCGGAGGUUGGGGAUUUGAGGGCACAGGUGCGAAAGGUUGGACGAAGGAUGGUGAAGAGAAGGGUGCUGAUGCUUGGGGCACCGAGGAAAAGGGGGGAGGUGGUUGGGGGGGGGGAUGGCGAGGGCGUGAGUGGGGAAGUGACCGGGAGCGGUCAAGAGGUCGUGAUCAGAACUUCAGCGAUGACCGAGGCACAUGGGGGGUUCACAAAGACAGGGAUCGAGGUUUUGAGAGAGAACGAGGCCGGGAUUACAAAGACAGAGGAAGAGACAAGGAUAAAAUGCGGGAGAGGCGGUUUGGCCGCCAUGGGGAAAGAAGUGGACGAGGCUGGAUCAAACGGGGUGAUGGGAGAGGUGGUGGUGGGAGAGGAAGUGGAUUCGGAAGGGAUGAUUAUGGGGGCUAUGGAGGUGGCUACGAACAGGAGGGGGGAGCUUAUGGUGCCAGGGCAAGGAUCGAAGAUGAUCGCAGUGGGGGUUGGGGAAGCACUGAGAGGGUAAAGGAUGAACCCGUUGAUGGCACAUUUCAGGCACCAAGUAUUUCUUCACGGGGUCCUGGCGGUAUGGAUGCAAUGGCAAACAGAGAGACAGUGGAAAAGGAGCCAAAGUGGCACUACACGGAUCCAACAGGAACAGUUCAAGGACCCUUCUCCAUGGAACAGUUGAGAAAAUGGCAUGCAACAGGAGCAUUCCCUGUGGACCUGCGUGUUUGGAAAAUGAACCAACCACGCGAAGAAUCAAUACUUCUGACAGAUGCACUGGCAGGGAAUUUCCAGGUGUCCCUGACGGAGAGCAAUGCUGGUAAUAGUGGAGGUGCAGCAUGCGGAAUGCAGAUAUUAUCGCAUGAGAGGUCCAGUGGAGGCAUGCCACACUCUUCCUGGGUUGGCAGUGCCCGAAUGGAUGGGAGUGAGAGUGCACCAGUGACUUCUAUAGCGUUGGCCAGUGUCUCUGGAGGAAAUGGAAGCACAAAUGUAAGCUUGAGUUCGGCAGUAUCGUUUUUGACCUCUACGUUAGGGCCGAGCAUGACCGCCUCUCAUCCAGCCCCUAGCACCGGUGGAGCUUUGCCAGUUGUUCAAGAGCUGGGUGUUGGUGGUGCUGAUGGCAGUGUGCCCAGCUCUGGGCCAGGUGCACGUCCCCUAUUGCCCGCUGGUCUUCCUUCAAGCCUAGCUCCAAACCUGGGCCAAGGCUUGGCUGUUUCAUCACUGGGUCCUGGUAUGGUGAACACGUUGGCAUCGACUCUAGGUCCUGGCCUAGCAUUAGGUGUAAGCUCAGCAAUCAAUCCUACAGUGGGAGCAGGUCUGUCUGAUAUAGUUAGUUUGGUUGGGCAAUUGAACUGCAAUGUCCCCUUGCCCACUAACCGGGGCAGAACCGGGUUGAACCCUGCUGCACCUGCUAGUGUGGCAAAUGUUGUGGGCCAUGUUGUUGCUGCAACUGGCAUUGGAAGUGUUGUGCCACUGGGCACUGACGGCCUUGGGGUUGCACCAGGUGGGGGCAUGAACCCUACCGCAGGUGUUGUCGACCCUGCUCCUGCCCAGCCCCCUGCGCCGGGAACUGAGCCUCCUGUGAAUGUGUCACCCUCGCAGCCUGUGGAUGGCCCACCUGGCCCUCCUCUGCACAUGCCCACUGGGGCUCCUAUGAACAUACCACCUGGUGGUGCUCCUAUGAACGUGCCCCCUGGCACCCCUUCUGUGAAUGUGUCAUCUGGUACCCCUGCUGUAAAUAUGCCUCCAGGCCCUGCUUCUCUGAACAUCCCUGCUGGACCCCCUAGCAUGAAUAUGAUGCCUGGGCUUGCUCUUGUUAAUUUGGUCCCUGUCCACCCCUCUGUGGACAUACCAGCUGGGAUGAUGCCCACCGUGAGAAGGUUGCCAGGUGACCUAAACCAAGGCAUGGAUCCUUUCGGCAGUGGCAGUGUUCCUCCAACAGGUGUUGAAAAUUGGACAAACGUUGGAAACAAUUGGAAUGCAAGGAGUGAGUGGGGCAGUGGGUGGGGGCCAAGGGAAGAUGGCGGGUCUGACGUUGGUGGAGGAAUGGUGGUUGCUGCCAUGGGAAGUGGCAAUCAUCCGGCCCAGGAAGCUGGAGGAAUGAUGAUGGGACCACAACUUCCCCCACACCCCCUGUCAUCUGGACAGCCCAUGCCCGCACGCAAGGUUGGGCCUGAGGCUGUGUUUCCCAAUACGCCCUUCAAUGGGCGUGGCAUUCAGAGAGGUUCCGAAGGAAUGGGGGGCCGAGAGAGAGGUUCUGGGUGGGAAGGGACAGCGAGCGGUGGUGGAAAGGUGAGGAAAGACUGGGUCAUGGUGGAUGAAGGGGGUGACUUUCAUCAAGAAAGGGAGGGUAAUUUGUCCAGGCCUGGGGCCAGGGAUGAGGGAGGGUAUGGGCGAGAGGGAGGGUUCGAGGGGAGUGGGAGAAGGGUGGGUGGAGAGCCAAGAGGUUGGGGAGCGGAAAGUCGGGGAUGGGGAAGUCGAAGGUCAGAUGAGAGGGGUUGGGGUGAAGGUGGCUGGGGAAGCAGGAACACUGGCCGCGGUGAUCGCGGGUUUCGAGAUGGAGGUUACCGGGGGGGUUUGAGUGGAAGAGGAGGUGGUGACAGCCGAGGGGGUAGGAAUGGUGGGAGGGGCAGUCGAUCCAGAGCCAGGUCUUCAGAUGCGGAGGGCAUGGCAUCCUGGGAUCGAGGGUAUGGAGACGGAGGCGGAGGGGGAUGGGAGAGAGGGUCUGAGGAAGGAGGUGGAUGGGAAAGAGGGUCAGGUGAUGGAGGUGGAUGGGGAGGAUCUGGCGAAGGAGGUGGAUGGGACAGAGUCGGACAUGGUGACGCAGGCGGAUCAUGGGAGGGUGGAGGAGGGUAUGGGGGUGGCAACCGGGGAGGCAUUGGGGUUGGUCCUGAUGAGGGACGCGUCUGGUCCCGGAAGAAGAUUCCCUGCCGUUUCUUCGCUAGAAACAUGUGUCUGAAGGGAGAUGAUUGUGAGUUCCUGCACGACCCAAACAUGAGAGAGUGAUGGAGAAUUUCUAUUAGGGGUAGCAAAGUAAUUGCUAGGUAAAGUGCACAGACAUGGUGGUGCCCAAGUAUCUCCGCCUCACUCUUAAAUGAUGUGGCCACCAACCAACAUACUAUAGGUGAUGAUAUCCGGUCAAGAUGCGUCCAAUGAUGUUUUUUGUUGACAAGUAGCAAAUCCAGUAGGCCUUAACGAGUGGAGCGACACAUUUACUGUCUGUGUCGCCUGCUCGUUACCGAGGGGGAUUCAGGUUAUCGCGCAUGCCGGUAUGGAAGGUGUAUUGAUGCCUCUCCUUUUUUAUGGAUGGAUGCUUCUAGCUUUCUGCAAGCUGAUCAAGGAUCCUAAGGAUGGUGGUGAAAUCUCUGAAAUCUUCAAUGCCAAGCAUAAGUCCGUGAUUGAAACGUAUCAUGCAGCUAAGAGAGAAGGAAAGGGGAAGGGUCCAGGUCGAUUGCAGGAAUGGUGGCAGGACAAAGACAGAAGUGUCGACUCUCCGGUCGAAAUGUGUGGAACGUUCCUGAGCAUGAAGAAAAGGGACGAGCUCCAGGGGUGUCGGCAAAGUCUCGCACGGAAAAAGAAGAUGGACAGAAUAGAGCAACACAAGAGAACACUCUUGGUGUGUUCUUCUGUGUACCAUGUCCGGCGGGCAUUUAUGUACACAGAUCUGGACCAGGCACAAGCAGGCAAAGGCGGAAGCUAGGACUUGACCCCUCGUAAGCGUCAUCGAGGGAAAAAAGGGGCUCAAGUCUCACACGACUGAGGGUUCGUUCGUUGCUAGUCAUCUGAGGGAUGAGUAAUAGGUGGGUACUGCUUUUGGCGAGCAUGAGUCUGUUCGGGAAAACCAUGUGCAUGUGAAGUCGGAAGAAUUGUCCAUUAUCGGGUUGUUUGCGCACGGGCGCCGCUGCUACUUGAUUCAACACCUCGGAAGGUACAAAGUUUUGUGUAGCUUUUUUUUGGGCUUUCCGACGUCACCGUCUCCUAUUUGAUUUAUGCGCAGAGCUGAAAUUGUGUGAGUGCUCACCACAAAAGCUUCUGCACAUGUUGUACCCUCGUGAGGCAGUACAGGGUUGCGGAAAAGUUCGACUGUUUCGUAUCCCGAAGACACAAGGUUGGUUGUUGUCUGAGAUGGACAUGUUAUGGAACCGGCGUCUCCUAAUUGAUUAGUUUUGUUACUUCCCGAGUUGCUUUCCCUGAUUUAGUAAAAACAGUGCUGGGUUUGUGAAAGAAGCUGCAGGUCAGCCUGCAUACAAGGGGAGAGCUGACAUAUGUAUGAUUGAUUGCACACUCAGUCGAUGUUGUUGUACUUUGUUCGUGCCCUACUGGGUAGUUUUGGAAUUGCAGAGAUUGUUGGGGUCUCUGGCGUCUGAUCUGGUACUGCCUUUCAUACUAUAUGGGAGAUGGGAAAUUUCAUGGUCGACAUCAGCUUAUGUGUCACCUCCGUGUUCGGAAGUUCGUUUUUCCUGCUUCGACUUUGAUCAAAGGUGGCUUCGAGAAUUUAGGCAUGGCUCUCAUGCUAGGUGCAUGAAACUCUCAAAGUCUACCUUUGUUGACUCUGCCAGUUUUGACAUCUAAGGGAGCUCUGCUUGAAGCUGACCUUUGACAUGCACGAUGUGCAAUCUGGGUUCAUUGUAUUUCAGAGAUAGCAGUGGAUUUGGCCUUUUGGGUUGAUGAUGUCCGCCCUCACAUUUUGCAGCCCACAGCA